CUUACAAAGAAAUACGAUCUUAUCGAUUGCACGCGAAGGCAGCAUAAGUACACGGCUCAUCAUCUAUACUAGAAUAUCUGAUAAUUUAAUUUCCCAAUCACCAGGCUGGCAGCUGACAGAUGGUGAUUCAUGAGCAGGACGUGACGGUUUCUCUCUCAGGUGUUGGGACACACACUCACUCAGUCAGACUCAGACGGAGUGAACACACACGAGCGACAAUUAUUCAGCCAUUCAAGAGCAUUUCUGACAUCUCUGAUGUAAACGGGACAGUGGACAAGGUUUAUUUGCACUCCUUCAGCAUCCAGAAUCAUGGACUACCACUUUUGGCCACAAAAACUCUCAAAUGAUAAACGUAUAUGUCGGAUACGGACGCCCACCAAUAGCCCGAUCUACUAUGGAAAAACAUGAGAUUGUUAAAUAUGCUAAAUAUUGAAGUAAUCAUUUUGUAGGUUUUUUUUGUUUGUUUAAGUGAAAAACAAAGCCAUGUAUUAUCCUCUGUUCUUCAUCAUUCUGCAUGGCUGCAUGGCUGGAUGGAGCAAUCUGAAUAGCACCCCCCGAAAAACCAUUCAAUAUGAAGAUAACCAUGUGAUCAUGUUUAAAGAGGAAGGUAUCUGGAAUUACUCCACAAUGCUGAUUAGGGAGGAUCUGGGUUUGCUGGUGUUGGGGGCGAGGGAGGCCGUCUACGCCCUUGACAUAAACGAUAUCUCCGAUGCCAAGUCUAAGGUGCUUUGGAAAGUUACAGAAGAGAAACAAAAGGAGUGCACCACUAAAGGAAAACAUCCUGACAUCGACUGUCAUAAUUAUGUACGGAUGCUGCAUCAAAUGAGCAACGGCAUGAUGUACGUGUGCGGAACAAACGCCUUUAGCCCAACCUGUGAUUACAUAACAUACAGUGACGGGCAGCUGAAGCUGGAGGGAAAGCUGGAAGACGGGAGGGGGAAAUGUCCUUUCGAUCCGUUCCAGAGAUCCUCUUCUGUUAUGGUUGAUGAAGACCUGUAUUCUGCCACGUCCAUUAACUUUCUGGGUUCGGACCCAGCCCUAUCCCGCACAUCUCCCAUUUCACUGCGCACAGGGUUAAGCUUCAAUGAGCCAAGCUUCAUCUACAUGGACAUGGUCCCAGAAAGUGAGGACAGUCCUGAGGGCGACGAUGACAAAGUCUACAUGUUCUUCAGUGAGAACGCCGUGGAGUACGACUUCUUCAACAAGCUUGUGGUUUCGCGGGUCGCCAGAGUCUGCAAGGGUGAUAUGGGUGGUCUAAGGACCCUCCAAAGGAAAUGGACCUCCUUCUCGAAGGCUCGUCUGGACUGCGCGGUCUCUGAGCCCAGUCUGCCCUACGUCAUACAGGACGUCUUCCAUGUUCGCAACAAGAAAUGGAGGAAAAGUGUAUUUUACGCUGUCUUCACCUCUCAAUCGAGCUCAACAGAUCAGUCUUCAGCGGUAUGUGCAUUUAAUGUAACCGAUAUCAGCGAGGUGUUCUCUCACGGCAAAUUUAAGACUGAGGUGACCGUGGAAAUGUCUGAUGUGAAGUGGGUCACAUACAACGGAGAGCUUCCUGUCCCCCGACCAGGAGCUUGCAUCAACAACGCAGCGAGACGUUUGGGAAUUAAAAGGUCGCUGGACCUCCCUGAUAAAACCCUGCAGUUCAUCCGAGACCGGCCUCUCAUGGACGACGCAGUCCGUCCAAUCACAGGCAAGCCCCUGCUGCUCAAGAGAGGCCCGUUGAUGACCCGUCUUGUGGUAGACGUCGUAACUGCAUUGGACGGACAGACCUAUCCUGUGAUGUUUGUCGGCACUGAAAAUGGUUAUGUGCAGAAAGCAGUGAACUAUGAUGGAGAAAUACACAUCAUUGAAGAAGUUCAAUUGUUUCAGAACACUGAGCCGAUUGACAUCCUACGACUUUACCAGAAUCAGUUGUACGCAGGCUCUGCGUCUGGGGUUGUACAAAUGCUCGUCAGCAACUGCAGUCGUUAUUCUUCCUGUCUGGACUGUGUGCUGGCUAGAGACCCUUACUGUGCCUGGGAUGUCACUGCUCUGUGGUGCUCUAGAUUACCCACAUCACCUGAGGACGCAAAAGGUAAUCUGAUACAAAGCCUGAAAGACGGGGAUGCCACUCGAUGCCCAACAACAGCUACCGGGGAACCAAAGAUCCGCACCCUGGUGCUGGGAAACAACAUCAAGUUGCUGUGUCGAGCAGAGUCUAACCUGGCCCAGGUCAAGUGGAACUUUGCUGGAAAGCCACUCCCCUACUCAAACAAGAAGUACACUAUUUACAGUGAUGGCAUCCUCAUCUACAAUGCUUCAGCCAAUGAUGCUGGACUCUAUACCUGCAUGUCAGUCAAGUGGGCAAAAGGGAGACAGUACAGCCAAACACUUGCCAUUUAUGACUUACGUGAACGCUUACCAGUCGAUGUGACGGACAAGAUUAAGGCUACAUUGGAAAUACUUACUGAAAGCCACACAACCUCAUCAGGUUUGCAUGAAAUCGAAGAGCCACCUAUUGCUAUUAAUCAGAGCAGUGAGAGUAAAUGGGUUGUAAUGCAAGUGUCGCUGGCCGUGAUAUCCGUCAUGAUGGCCUGUUUGCUGAUCUGGAACUUGUACAUGGGCCACAUCUCUCCAUUUAUGUGCUGUGGGAGACAGCCAAUCAAAAGCCCCAGGAAUCUUCCAGGAAAGGAAUACAUGCACACGGGAAAUGAUGCCGUAGACAGUAAACAGACAAUGGUCAGGUUGUGCGUCACAACAAACAGUAAUACUGAAGCAACCAGCUUCCACAGGAAUAACAGCAAUGGGGAUACGUCAACAGACAUUCAUAUUUUUAAGUACAUUACGGAUGAGUCUGAGAUUUAAGAUUUGAUUUUUUUUAUAGAAUUUUUGUACUUAUUUAUUUUUUAUUACUAAUAAAAAAAACUACAAAUUCAUUCAUUUUAACUAAUUUUAAAAUUUAAUUGUGAAAAAAAUAAAGAUUUUCUUAAGAAAUAUGAAGGUAAAACAUCCUACUAAUCAGUAGCUGAUUGUCAAUUCAAGAUUUGGUGCCGUGACCCGGAGUACUCAAGCACACAUUUCUUUACAACACCGUCCUCUCUCCUGUUUCACCUCAAUUAAUACUAUGAAUUUGGACACACUACGCAUUUCACAUACUGCUUUUCACCUAUUAUUUAGUAGGGAAGUAUGCAUAUUUAGACGCAGAGAGUGACCGCAAUAAAAGCGACUACAGUCUGAAAAGUAAUGUUUUAUUGAACUGAAGCUGGAAAGCCAUUCCAGUCACAUGUCAUAUGCAGGAUUGUUCAAUACAUUGGCUACACAAAGACAGUCAUGAAACGCUGCAAAAUCAUCCUCCUGUAGCUCUGUGGAGGGAGAUAUUGAGCAAAAAGGACCAAAGAUCAAGUCUAAUAUUAAAAAUGAGUAUUUUAGCCUCCAGCCAACCACAACUGUAAACUCGAGAUGAAACCAGGAAUAAAUGCGCAAUACAUAUUUAUACGCCAGUAUUAAAAAUAGCACAGGAUAUAGCCACAUCCACCAAUAAAUUGUAGCACUUGAGGGAAACUCGAAAGCUAUUGGUUCACACAUGCUUAAUAUGCAUGAAGAAUUAAGGCUGUCUUCAUUUCAAAGACGUGAAAAGCUUUAAACGGAAAGACAGGCACAAGAUGUGUUUGCAAGGAAACAUUCCCAGGCAUAGCAUUUUAAAAAAAUCUGAAACGCUUUGCUGCGGUGUAUAAAAGGGGCGUGUCAUAUGCAAACCAUACCAUUUACAAAGACAUUUAACACAUUUAAGACAUUCAUGAUGGUUGUGAAUCUUAAAAGUGUAAGUGAAUAAUUAUCCGAAGUAAAAAUAAAAUAAAAAUUAACUGCAAAAGCGCCGAUGUGGAAGAGAUGCAAGAUAGAUUUUUUUUUUUAGGUAAAUAGAAAAGCUGCCAUGAUUUAGAAAAGAACACUCAGACAUACUUU